CUUAAAAGUCCUUAGUACUCAAAAGCCCACGUGAUUAUCUCUCUAGUAUUCUUAACACCCUAAUGAUCAAAGCGUUUUAACCCUCGUCUAACCAUCUGUAGAGACUGCACUUGGACCAGGUUUUUCACUUAAGGUAUUCUCAGAAAGUGGGAAGGAAGGAACGAGUCUUGGCAGCCUUGCUUGUGGACAAAGCUCCCCCAGGUCAACGUCAGGUCAGAGGACAACACAAAUACAGUACUCGAGUACACCCAUCGCGCUUUCCCAUCGCGCUUUCCUAUGGUCCAAAGCAAAUAUGGGGCUACCCAGUAUUUCUUGAAUACAACUCGUUUUCACCCAUUCACCUCAACCCUGGCCCGAACUCUUGCAAAUAACGGAGCAUUCAGCCUUCCACUCUGAGCUCUGCACUAGCCCAACAUGAUGGCGGAAACGGAAACGGAGACGGAGCUGGAGCUGGAGGAGGAGACCCGUCCACGAUGUAGUUUGGAGAUUGUCGAGAGCUCAGCGCUUGACACAAUCAUUCCUCUGGAAAGCAAUCUCAAUAUCGAGGAGGCAUUGGGUGCAUGCAUCGAGCGUAUGGAUGAGGGCCACGGCUCCCCACUCGCGGCAAUCCCCCAAAGACAAACCCUCUUCUUCGGUCAGUUUGCCUAAUUUCUCUGUGGAAUCAAUAUCUUACUCAUUCAUAGAUAAUAGAUGAGACUGUGGACUUGUAUGUAGUCUUGCAAACACCUUACUUCGAUGAGAAUGCACUACGAUCGUAUCUCGGGAGGUUAGUGAUCAAUAUGGAAGGGCAAGUGGUCAACGCGCAUGCCGAGAACCAGGAGGGCCCUUUGGGGCAAGAGGUUAUCUAUACAGCUUCGGUCCAAGAUGGCGAAGAGCCUACCAUAGUGGUUCAAGCACCAGACGAAAGCGAGGGGGCUGUUGCGUCUGGGGCGUCUGGGCGCAUAUUGGUUGUGUGGAAGUUGACUGCCUUCCUUGCCAGACCUCGACUGCGUCUCCAGAGCCCCUCGCUGGUAUUCUCUGCCACAGCCGGCUUGAGAGCGCCAGAACAAGUAGAAAAGGAGACUAUCACUGAAGAGUAUCUCCCUAGCCAGGUUCCUUCUGGCAUGAAUUUACUGGAGGCUUUCAGCAACGAUCCUGCCAUGGGGGGUAUAAAACCACGACUAUCGGCGCUGAGGGUAUCCCAAGUCAGACCUGUGACCCAGACCACGAAAGAAUUACUGCGUCCACUGAAGAACAUAUCCCGCCAAUCUGUCAAAAUCUUCCCCGCGAUUAAUGCUCGUGUCAGGUACUCAAGAACUACUGCAUCCUCGAACAUGUCGGUCUUGGCAUCGUUGGACGUUGAUAUCACUCCAUUUGCCAACUGCAAGAUUACGCUCGACAAGGUCGAACUCAAUAUCAGUGGUGGCAGUAUUGAAGAUUUGAAUGUCGCCUCAGGCAUGAAGUUGCCUAUACAGUGCCUCCCGCAAGAUGAUGUUACGUUUCUUUAUCGCCUUUCGGCAGAUGACUUGGAUACAACGAUUAAGUCGCAGAUUCGGAAUCUCGAUAUUUCCAUCGUAGCAAUGGCGCAUCUGACAGCUGUAUGUCACCCAACAAUAUCCAUGCAAUGGACUACGUCUCUCGAUUUUACGCCUCCUGUCAAUCCGGGUUAUGGUCUUCCGACCCAAGCUAUACAGAGACCGCAUCGGCCAGCUCACCUAUCUAUUGGAUCAUCUGCAGAUAUGCCCACAGCCUCUAGUCUGGCCAACGCCCGUUCUGAUGCACUGCCAUCCGUAGACAUCACUAGUCAUCAACACCGCAACUCCUCAGUUCCCAAUUUUGGAGUCACUAUGACCUUCACAGCACCUUCUAUAGAUUCCCCCAUCUAUCCAGGGGUUCCCUUUAACUGGUCUGUCUUUAUUGUAAACCGUUCCGACCGACCACGGAAGCUCUCUAUCACAGUUCUGCCCAAGCGACGACGCACCGAGACUCGUAUGACUCGUCCUCCAUCUGUAGGCGGCCGAAAAGAUGUCAAAGUUGCAGACGCAUUUGUUGACGACAAUAUCAUUCAUGCCAUGCAAAAGAACGCGGCUAUUGAGCCCACUGAUAUCGUGUGCUUGAGUACAGACACUCGGGUUGGUCCCCUAGCACCAUCGGCGUGUUAUGAGGUAGAGUUGAAGUUCAUGGCUUUAAAAGUGGGAAUCGUGGAUAUCGAAGCAGUAAGAAUCGUGGAUUUGGGUUCACAGGAGCAUGUUGACAUUAAAGAUUUGCCUAGUAUUGUGGUGUCUCCAUUGGCAGUUUAG